AUGGCGGACGGUCUGGAGUAUCUUGCUCCUGAUUUUGACCUAAAUUCCCUCACCGUGCCGCGUCUGCGAUCCAUCCUCGUCAGCCAUGAUGUUCCGUACCCAGCUUCCGCCAAAAAGGCACAGCUUAUCGGCAUCCUGGAGGCGGAAGUGCUGCCGCAGGCGAGAAAGUUGCUGAGAGAGCGCGAAAGAGUAAGGAGGACUAGUGAGGGUAUCACUGAUAUGGGCAGUCGCGCGACGUCUGUGGUCAGCGACUACGAUGAACGCGACGUUCCAACUAGGGACUCGAUGCCACCUCCACCUACGCCUUCGACGGUAUCGACAGCUACUGGAAGAAGAGGACGCUCCAGGGCCAGCGUUCGGGCAUCGACAGCUGACACCGAGGAAAGAAAUGCUACGGCUACUCCUUCAAUGAGCUCGAGGAAGUCCGUCCCCAGAUCGCAGUCGAGACGCUACCGCACAUCGGACACGGAAUCGCAUGACAACCUGCUGGCCACGCCUGUGGCCACUGACACCAUGACCCCUCGGAAGUCUACUACCAGAAAAGUUCGACGGAGCGACAUGACACCAUCGGUAGACCCGCAGCCGCCCCUUUCUGCCAUCAAGUUGGAGCCCAAGGAAGAGAGUGUGUUCACAGACGAUAACCCAUUCCAAAGUGGCUCACCCGCCCGCUUGGAUUACAAGAGCCCCAGGCCCUCCAGUCAUAGAUCGGAGAGGAAAAGUAGUUCGCGGUUUUCCCUGGACUCUCCCGCCUUCAGCAACAAUCUGCGGUCGAGAAAAUCGGCGACGCCGAUGGAUAUACAUGAUCCAUACGGUACCACUCCAUCCAAGCGGUCGUCACUCGAAUUUCCAAUCUCGAAUCUUCAGACCCCACAGAGGAGCUUUGCACCGGUCAAAUAUGAGGACGAAGAAAGUGAGUUCAGUGGAGGGGAAGAAUUCACACCAGAGGAGCAGUUGGCGCUUGAGAGGGAGCAUGCAGACUUGAAUUAUAGUGCUCCAACCAGACGGCCACAGAAACAAGGAGCUGCGAGCCGAGCUGCGCCUUGGGUCAUUCUCCUUGUGUUGUUCGCUAGUUUCGGAGCUUGGUGGCGCAAAGAAAAGAUUGAGAUCGGGUUUUGUGGCAUCGGCAAACCGACUUGGUCUCUGGCAGAAACCAGGGUCCCCGAAUGGGCUAAUGUCCUCGAACCCCAAUGCGAACCCUGCCCUCCGCAUGCCUUCUGCUACCCCAACUUUGAAGCCCGCUGUGAGCACGACUUCCUCCUCAAGGCCCACCCGCUAUCCCUUGGAGGGUUGGUUCCGCUGCCCCCGACAUGUGAACCCGACAGCGAAAAAGCACGCCGGGUGAAGGCCGUUGCUGACAAGGCUCUGGAAGCGCUGCGGGACCGAAGGGCCAAAUGGGAGUGCGGAGAGCUCGCACAGGAUAGCCAGGACAAGACUGGAGCAGAGAUUAGCGAGUUCGAUUUGAAGCAAGAAGUCGGAAGACAACGUCGCAAAGGAAUGAGUGACACUGAGUUCGACGACCUUUGGAAGGGAGCACUGGGCGAAGUGGUUGGACGGGACGAGGUCGUGACCAAGGUGAAGCAACCAUCUUCUGUCCUCACCCUCACUUCGACCUCCGUCAGCCGACUCCCCCUCACAUGCGCCUUCCGCCGCAACAUCCGACUCUCUCUCGUCGCGUAUCGACUCCCUCUUUCAGUUCUAAUCGCCUGUGUCGGUGCCUUGCUUUACGCACGCUCCAGGGUUCGAGCUCGUCGCUCUGACAUGGCUCGAGUCCCCGAAUUGGUCGCCACAACGCUUGACCGCCUAGCGACGCAGGCUGCCCUUCAUGCUCGUGGAGCUGCUCGCGAGUCAUACAUUCCCAUUGGUCAAUUGCGCGACGAUGUCCUCCGGUCCGAACUGCGCGGCAGUCGGCGCGAGGAACUGUGGAAGCGCGUCCGCAGCGUGGUGGAAGGCAAUGCCAACGUUCGGGCUUCGGUUCGUGAGGGCCGUGGCGGGGACGUUGCCCGUGUCUGGGAGUGGAUCGGAGGGAUAGGCAGUGUCCGAAACGAGAUGGAGAGCGGCGCCACGACCGGCCGCGAAGGCGGCAAGGUUCAUUUCUCGCCUCUGCCCUCCGAGCAAGGCCGUGACCAAACUGUUGGCGACGGCAUGCUGGCCCAGAGCCCGGGAAAAUCACGCAAAUGGGAUGAGGGCCGGCCCAUCUACUAAGGCUCUCGCUACCCACUGGGAUCCUGUUUGCUUCAUGUGUUCAACCUCUUCUUGGAGUGAUAUUUUUGCCCUCUACAUUAUUCUACCACUUCGUGUGUACAAUUUUUUUUUUAGGAUUCCCAUGCAGUUCGGCUUCAGGAUUUUGAAAUACGAAGGCCCUUCGGUGUGUUGCGUCCUCCCAAAGCCAUCCAACGGCACAUCGUUCGUACGGUAAUACCAGGUGGACCCGCAGUCUCAGCGCCUUCUUGCGGUUUGAGAUGCACGGGAGCUCGUCGGCCGAGUGGUACUGGAAUAUAUCUCCGAGGUGAGUGGUGCACGGCAGCCGUGCAGGUUACGCGCACGAUUUCCGGUGAUCAUCCGGGAAUGUUGUAGUUAUUACUUCUUACUGCAUGUAGUGUGUAGUUACUGUCGAUAGCUGGCCGAUGGG